CGCAGCCAAUCCACAGAAACAGCUCAUAUCCUGAAUAGGAGUGUGUAAGAUGUGUAGUUUCACAUAAUUGGUGUAAGUAUGUCACAGUUGUCAGUGAAAGAGCAAAGUGGCUGUAGAAGGCUGUUGACAUUGUUACCCAAGGAAGACUUGUUGGCACUUACCGAUACAGUAACGAAUCGUCUGAUAGCUGUAGGGAGUACUAAAGAGGCAAUUGAAGCCAUCAUAACAUACUCUCAGAAUGCAGAGGAGUUGCUCAAAAGAAAGAAGGUGCACCGUGAUGUCAUUUUUAAGUAUCUUGCCAAUGAAGGAGUUGCUAUUCUUCCAAACAUGGAGAAAUAUCAGCUGGUCAGGAGGACCCUUGAGUUUUGGUCAUCUGAUGAGAUGCUAAAGCCAAAAAGUGAGAACACCACAACUGUUUCUUCAGACAAGACUGGAGAUGGUCUGUCAGACCUUGCAGCUUUGGGAAAACAGUUUUGCCAGUGGUUCUUCUGCCUUCUCAACUCUCAGAACCCCACACAAGGGCAGCCGGUGCAGGACUGGGGUCCUCAGCAUUUCUGGCAGGACGUGAGACUUCGGCUUCUGUUAUGCACUGGAGAGCAGCGUGUAGAAGAGUUCAAUGGGGCAGAGCUGGUCAGCCAGCGGCUUCAUGCUCUUGUGGGUGAAGAACGUCUUUUGUUCUGCCCGAACUUGGAGGGUCUUGGGUUAAAGUGUGUAUCUUCACCUCAUGGAUUGGUGUUUGUGGCUGUGGCUGGGACCAUCCACCGUAACAGUGCCUGCCUCGGGAUUUUUGAGCAAGUGUUUGGGCUCAUUCGCUCACCACUGAACAAUAACCAUUGGAAGAUAAAGUUUGUGAAUGUUAAAGUAGAAGCACAAAGUGCCAUCACUGACAGACAGUUACCAGUAAUUACAUAUGACUCCAACGAGUUGCUAAGCCUUUGCAAUUGAGCGUCUGUGAACCACACAUGGUUUGUGUGGUCAUUUUUUUGAUGUGGUAGUGAUGAAAUUCACUGCAAAAGGAAUAUUACAUCCAAGUUAAGCUCAAUCAACAGCAUUUGUGGCAUAAUGUUGAUUACCACAAAAAAAAAAAAAAAAAAAAAAUUUGACUUGUCCUUUGUUUAUAUAUUUAAAAAAUGAAAGAAAACAAAUACCUGGAUUUUGUUGUCCUGGCUACAGUGUUAACAUUGGAUAUAACUUUUCACAGAUAAGGUUAGAAAGCAAUUUUAGCACACUAAAACCUUGUCAACAUGUCUUGUUUAUAUCUUGUGUAUAUACUUUUGAAACAGUGUGUAUUUGAAUGUUUAUGGACUGGCCCCAAUCACUUCCAUUGCAAGUGCCUCACUGGAACUGCAAUUUUGGCUUUAUUUAGCUUUAAUUGUUUUUGUGAAAAUCAACAUUGUGCCUUAAUUGCUGAUAAUUGAGUUUAACGUGUAUUGACCCCGGGACAUUCCUUUCACUAUGGAUAAUCUACAUGUAAACAACGUUAUCGUGGGGUUCUUUUAAGAUAAAGCUAAGUAUAAAAAUUAUGGCACCUGAAAUUUGGCCAUAUUAAUCUAAAAAAGAAUGUUUCACAGCUUUGUAUUUUUGUUGCCCUAAUCGAAAGACCAGUCAGUUGGCCCUCUUGCAAAUCUAAACACAAUAUCUAGAUUUAUGUAAUAUUUUUUUUGACUUGUCAUUGUUGAUUUUUUUUUUUAUAGAGAACUAAAUUGAUGCAAAAAACAAACAAACAAAAAAAAUGAAUGGAAAGCUAUUAAUUAAUAAUUUAAUUAAUACAAUUAAUCCUGUAAAUUAAAUUGCCAUUUCAUUAGUUUAGGUUCUUUUAGAUUUUUUUAGUUUUUCCUUCAAAUUACUAAUUUAUAUAUCAACCUCAUAAUGAAUUAUUUUUUUAGUUCAUUUCAUAAAUGUUUCAAAAUGAAAAAGUGGUGAUCUUGUGAGCUAUUUUUGAUUUAUUUUUUUGAAUUAUAUAUAAAUAUAGCAAUACCUAAAACUACCACUGUUCUAUCUGUCUGAUUCUUGAUGAAUACUUUGAUCAAUACUUUAUUCAUUUCGCAGUAAAACAUCU